AUGACAACAAAAAUCAUUCAUUUCACGGUGAACGGGAGACGGGAGCAGGCGGAGUUUAGAGCCGACUGCUCUGCUGCAGAUGUCAGAGAUCUGUUCCGGGCGGCGGCGGAGGCGGGGCCUCACCACAUCCUGAAGAUGUACAACAGUAACGGCAGCGUGGUGAACAUCUCCCCCCGGCUGGAGGCCAACAGCGAGGGAUCGUACUACCGGCUGGAGGUGGUGGCGUCAGACCUGCAGAGUGUGGCGAUGCCACCGGAGCUGGACGACAUGGAGUACAGGCUGCAUCAUCUGGAGAGCAAAGUCAUGGAGGACGCGGGGAAGUCUCCGGACAUCAUCUGCGAGCUCAAGAGCCACGUGGAGUCGUUCAAGAGGAAGCUGGAGGUUGGUCAGCCACACGAACACAGACGAUCACAGCAGGUUUCUAUCACAGCUUCUUCUCCAAACACAGUGUGGGAGCACCUGAGCUGGAUGGGUCUGUUCAAGGACGACGGCGACCAGCAGCUCUCCAAGUUCUCCCCGAAACCCAAAACGUCUCAGCUGAGCGUGCAGGAGGAACGCCAACAAGUCCGCAGGAAGUUCCUCAACAUGAGCUCGCUGCAGGUGACAGAGGAAGUGAGAGAGCAUCUGAAAACUCCCAUUUUUGACAACUGGCAGUGGGAGGAGGCGGAGAUGCUGGUGCUGCUCCAGGUGAUGUACAUGGACCUGGACUUCCUGACGGCGUUCCACAUCGAGCUGGAGGUGCUGCAGAACUUCCUGUUUGAGGUUUACUGCCACUACAACAACAUCCCCUUCCACAACUUCCAGCACUGCUUCUGCGUCACCCAGAUGAUGUACGGGCUGAUUUGGCUCACGGACCUCAGGAAUAAAUUAGGAAGAAUCGACCUGUUCGUCAUGUUGACCUCGGCUCUGUGCCACGACCUCGACCACCCCGGCUACAACAACGUGUACCAGAUCAACGCUCAGACUGACUUGGCUCUUCGCUACAACGACAUUUCACCCCUGGAAAACCACCACUGCGCCGUCGCCUUUGGCAUCCUGUCCAAGCCGGAGUGCAACAUCCUUAAAAACCUGACCUGCGAGCAGUACAAACACAUCCGAGGAGGAAUGAUCAAAUGUAUUCUGGCCACCGACAUGGCGAGGCACAACGAGAUCCUCAACAAGUUCAAAGUCCUUCAGCCGGUGUUCGACUUCACCAACAAGGAGCACAAGGAAGUGCUGAUGAAGAUCAUGGUGAAGGUGAGCGACAUCUCCAACGAGGCGAGGCCGAUGGCGGUGGCCGAGCCGUGGCUGGACUGUCUGCUGCAGGAGUUCUUCAACCAGAGCGACACAGAGAAGCUCAAGGGGCUUCCGGUGACUCCGUUCAUGGACCGAGACAAAGUGUCCAAACCGUCCUCUCAGACCAGCUUCAUCCGAUUCGUCCUGCUGCCGCUCUUCAGCGAGCUCACCAAGCUCUUCCCCUGUCUGGAGCAACACAUCCUGGAGCCGGUGAGGAGAGCCCUGAAGUAUUAUUCUGACAUGGAGAGAGCCAGCAAAGCUGAGGAGGGGACCACUAAACCAUGA